AUGUCUCAACCAUCAAUGGUCCAACAAGACACUACUACCUUGCCAAUCACGCACACGCUCGAGAGCGUUGAUUCCACAACUCGUACUACUCCUAUGAAUGAAGUCCAUGCUACCUCCACUGCUCCCAAUCAAGAUCCAGCUCUUGUGGUCCACGAAAUUCAUCAUGUUGAGAAUUCCAACAACACAGCUCCGCAAGCAAUGUUGAAUCCAAAUUGUCAAACACCAAAUUAUUACAUGAACACCGUGACAGUUUCCACCCCUGAACAGCAACAGAACCAUGCAGUGAUCUAUCACAUCCAACCCGCCACUGGAGCCGACCUAUCCAUGAACCAAACCACCAUAGUGAUGCCUCCUUCGGAUCAACAAGGAUCUGUUUAUAUUCCUCCACAAGGCUCUCAACCCUUUGCUCAUUUACCACCUGAAACGCCAGGAGUAUGUUUCCCAAUGGUCAAUCAUCCCUACGCUCCUGAUCCAUCGUUGCAUUCAUGGCAACCACAACCAUUUACCAAGUUACCACUUCCCAAGCCGACUCCAUAUCCUUAUCGAAAUCGUUUGUAUGCUCCUCAAGUUGGGCAACAUCUUCAAAACUUGCAAGAAUCCAAACCCGUGCUUCCGACCACUACUUUUCAAUCGGACAUGAAGAAGAACAAUGGUGUAUAUGAGUUGAACUUGAAAAGGAAAAACGCAUUGCUCGCCAUUCUAUUUGGUGCAUGUGGGUAUGGUAAUGAUUUAUGCAAUUGUUCAGGAGGUUCAAGUUAUGUGGGUGGCGAUUUAGGAGAAGGUGUCAUAAUUUUUAUUGUAAUCAUUCUGGUUUUUAUUGUGAUCUUAAUGCUCAUCUAUAUCAUUGUGGUGAUUGUGAGAUUAUGUUUGGAAAAGACAAAGAUUGUCAAGUUUAACGAUGAGAAGAGAAGUAUUGAAUUUUCGACAUGCAAGCGCUUCUUUUUCCCAAGUUUCUUUCGAAGCACAUCAGUAUACUCCUACGACGAUGUUGUCAACGUGGUUCAUGUGAUCAAGUUAUUGGGACAUCGAAUUGUGUUGAUUACAAAAGAUGGUGUGCAUCAUGAUUUGACUCGUCCUUCAGGUUUGAAAGGGCUCGAUGCAGUAUCAGGAGUGAAUUUUUUAAGGGAGUUCUUAGCCUUGAGAGGUGUUUGUUUGCAGCAAUAG